GCACUUUCUUGUUAUAGCUGCUCCUGGUACCAUGUGGACAGCUGUGGUAUUGGCUUUGUGCCUAGUUCUGGCUGGAGCUCAACCAAUGGAGAACCCUGCGUAUGGGGUGAAGCUCUGUGGCCGAGAAUUCAUCCGGGCAGUUAUCUUCACAUGUGGAGGUUCAAGAUGGAAACGUUCACUGGGGAGUGCAGAUGGUUCAGAAGAUCCAUUUGGUAUCUAUCCAGAAGAAUCUUCAGAGGGUUUAAAACAGAACUUUGUGGUGGAGCGUCUCUUCCAGAGGAACAAAGAUCUUAGCUUUGUGUCCAGAGACAACCAAGACGGAAUGUUCAGCAGGCCCACACGUUCCUUCAUCACCGAUGAGAUCCUGGAGGCUCUUCGCAAAGCUGACCGCAAAGGUCGGGAUGUGGUGGUGGGUCUGUCUAACGCUUGCUGCAAAUGGGGCUGCAGCAAGAGUGAGAUCAGCUCCCUUUGCUGAUGUGGGCAUAAA